UGCAUAGAAACCAAACCGAGUCGUCUGGGACGUCGUGUAUCUAAAAUCUUCUACUGUGUGAGCUUCAGUUUCAUUGUUAUUUUACUCAAGACAGGGCAGAAUACAUCUGGAAACCAAGUGUAUUACCUGUCAUUUAGAGGUGCAGUCAAUGCUAAUUCUCUUAGCGGCUCUGGGUCCUUACCGUAGCGUUCUUCGUUUGCCUCCGUCUGUUUGCUGUUGCGAGAGUGACGCGCGAAAAGUAGCAAGUAAAAUCUCACAGCCGACUUUUACAUGUAACCUGUGACGAUUGCUGUGCUGUUGUUGGUUUCAGUGAUGUCCGAAUUUACUGGACUGCACGAGCACUGACAAAGUUUUCAGACGAGAAACCGGUUGACACCAUGUUAAAUCCAGCUAACCGGUGCCAAGAAGCUAGCUAACUAAAGCCGUGGUUAUUUAGCAGCUGAUCCAAACAGACUCGGUUCGAAGCUUUAACAGAAACUCCUCCGGUGUUUAUACAAGAACUUACAAAAGAGGUAGAAAGAAAUCUGAUGGCUAACGACGUUGGCAGCAUCCCUGAACUGGACCAACAGAAAUAUGACGCCGAAGAACAAGUUAAGAUCAUCUGUCUGGGAGACAGUGCUGUUGGUAAAUCCAAGCUGAUGGAGAGGUUCCUUAUGGAUGACUAUUGUCCCCAGCAGCUGUCAACCUUUGCUUUGACUCUCUACAAAUACACAGCUACUGUUGGAAACAAGGCCGUAGUGGUUGAUUUCUGGGACACCGCUGGUCAGGAGAGGUUUCAGAGCAUGCAUCCUUCAUACUACCAUAAAGCACACGCAUGCAUCUUGGUUUUUGAUGUUCAAAGGAAGAUCACCUAUAAGAAUUUAGUCACUUGGUAUAAAGAGCUGAGGGAGUACCGACCAGAGAUACCCUGCUGUGUGGUUGCCAACAAAAUCGAUGCUGAUAUGAAAGUGACACAAAGAAGUUUUAACUUUUCAAAGAAACACGGGCUUCCAUUUUACUUUGUCUCAGCUGCUGAUGGGACCAACGUAGUUAAGAUGUUCAGAGACAUGAUAAAGAGGGCGGUGGACUACAAGCAAAACCCCAGUGACUUCAUGGAUGAAGUUAUGCAGGAGUUAGAGAACUUUGACCUGCACAAGAAAGAGGAGAACUCGGAGGCAGAAGAGGAUGGAUUAAAAGCAGAGAGUCCAGAGUUAGAUUGAAAGUCUUUUUUUUUUUCACAUCAACUUUUCCAAACUUUGAAUCUUAUUGGCACUUUUACUCUGUGUUUGAUAUUUCCGAUUCCCCAUCAUCGACCCUGUCAAACAGCACAUUAUGUGUUGUGUAAUUUCUGCUUAUUAAGUUAUUGAAUUGUAACCUUCCUUUUUCAGGGUGGCACACAAUUGUUUAGGCAGGUUUUAACAUUUGUUCAGUAAAAACAGAAAAAUAAACCUAAUGAAGUAAUUAGCCUUUGUCUUAUUUACCAGGUUCACUCUGUUUUAGCCUCAUCAUUUAUACUCCAGACUGCAUAUCUUUUUUUAAUAGUAGAAUGUUUACUCAUGAGUAGAAACAUCUACUUCAUGUAAUAAACAAUGUGAAGCAUGAAAAGCUGACACAGCGAAGAGAAUGUGCAAUUAUAAACUGGAUUUCCCGCUGUUCUCAGUGAUUGUGUCGUGUUGUGCGCAGCUGAAUUUGUUGGCUGCUUUACUUGCAUUAAUUUUAUGAUGUAAAUUAAAUUUUUUUGUGCGCUUUGUAAAUGAAAGCUUAAUGUACCAUAAAAGAACUGUUAACAUGA